UCACACUCACCUCACAAGAGACCACCAUCUAGAAUGUCUGCCCAGCAGGAACUCGAGUUCAAGGGGUACGCGAUGACUGACCCGUCUGCAUGGUCCACUCUCACCGUCACACCAUUCACGCCCAAGACCUUCGGGCCCGACGACGUCGAGAUCGCAAUCACCCACUGCGGUGUAUGCGGCUCGGACCUGCACACGCUCACUGGCGGCUGGGGCGCGACGUCACGCCUCCCGCUCGUCGUCGGGCACGAGGACGUCGGGAAGGUGACGCGUGUGGGCGCGAACGUGACGAGCCUCAAGCCUGGCGACCGUGCCGGCGUCGGUGCGCAAGUCGGCAGCUGCCUGCAGUGUCGCGCGUGCAACGACAACUACGAGAACUACUGCCCGCACAUGAUCCACACAUACAACCAUGAGCAUCCCGACGGCGUAUUCACACAGGGCGGGUACUCCACCGGCAUCCGGGCUCACGAACGGUUCGUGUUCCCCAUCCCCGACGCGCUCGAGUCGCGCCACGCCGCAUCGAUGCUCUGCGCGGGUGUCACCGUGUUCUCGCCACUCAAGGCGUACGGGGCCGGGCCGGGCAAGAAGGUCGGCGUCAUCGGGAUUGGCGGCCUGGGCCACUACGCCAUCCUGUUCGCAAAGGCGAUGGGCGCGGAGGUAUACGCGUUCACGCGCGGGACGGGCAAGGCGGCGGACGCGCGGCAGAUGGGCGCGGACCACGUUGUCGACACCACGGUCAACGGCUACUGGAAGGACCUGGGGAUGACCUUCGACAUCCUCAUCUCGACCGUCGACCAGUUCCCCGCGGGGGUCUCUAUCCGCCAGUUCCUGAGCAUGCUCUACGUGCACGGCAAGUUCAUCUCGGUCGGCCUGCCGGACGUCGACCAGCCGCUGCCCGCGAUCCACCCGUUCGACGUGCUGGCGAACGGCUCGCUGGUCGGGGGCUCGCACAUCGGGUCGAAGGAGGACGUGCUGGAGAUGCUCGCGCUCGCGGCGGAGAAGGGCGUCCGGCCGUGGAUCGUGGAGCUGCCGAUGCGGGAGGCGGGGCGGGCGCUCGAGGACGUGCGGGCGGGCAGGGUGCGGUAUCGGUAUGUGCUCGAGCAGGAUAUCGUGCCCGUAGCAAGAGCGGGGUUGUAGAUAAUUGAGAUGGGCGGGCGAUUAUGGUUAUCUGUACAAUAU